AUGAAUCGGCAGUGGAGGGCGCGCGAGAGGAGUCAAAUGGAGGAUAAAGCUCCUCUCGCACUUGAGGACUUGCAGACGGAAAAGAGAGACAGUAACUGGGAAAACAUUGAGCUAGAAGAUUUUGAGUACAGUAGACGAAGAAUGAUAAGCAUUCAAUGGACUUGUGAUGAGAGGACUGGAGAUGAAGUUUUUGAAAACACCCGACUCUUGCCAAGCGAGCAUAUUUAUUUAUGGAACAGCCUCGUCCGCGAAAAGAAGAAGUCUUCAAUCUCGCGAGUUCCGCCGACUUUGAGCAGAUCAUCGAGCAACAGCUCUUCCGGGAUCGAGUCGGACUCUGACAGCACCGGACUUGGCGAAAUGGAGGGGAUGAGCAUCGCGCAAAGAAUUCAAAAAUUGGGAGGAGCGCCUGCUGUUGAAAGAAAAGUUCCGAAGACAGCGAGGACAAAUUUGGACAGAAACUCGUCGGGAUUCAGUGAAAUGCAAAAGUCAUCGUCGCUCAAGAAAAUGCCCCCUCCUCCACCACCACAGUCCUCCAAACCAAAAUCACCCUCCACUUCUUACCAGUCUCAUCCUGUCUUCUCCAAUUCCCAACCCUCUUCGAGGCCAAAAGCUCCAGCAAAACCAAAGCGAACCAAGUCCAACCGAAAUUCGACAAUUCAGCAGUCUCAAGAAUCUCCAGAUUCUCCAGAAUGUCCAUCUGCUCUAGAAACGAGAAAAAUGAACAUACAAGUAAAGCUAGAAGAUGUCGUCUACACUGAAUUAAUGAGAAACGAUGGGGAUGAGGAGAAUGUUUAUGACACAGUUUACAACGAAGAUAAUCGCAGCCAGACGCGAAAUCCGAAUAGCAGUCUGAAUAGAAGCAUCAGGCCCAGCUUCCCACCGCCUCCGCCUUAUGAAGCCAUCGUAAAAAUGAACAAUUCCUCGCUGAACUCCUACCCUCACGAGUUGAUCCACACUUCAAUCGACAUCCCCGAAAAGCGCGAACGAUCAAAGUCCUCCUGUCUUCCCCUCAUUCCUCCGCAGACGAAAUUGUGGUGGAGAAACUUCAAAAUGAUCGCCAUUUUAAUCGUGACCCUGAUCUGCGUGAUUGUGAUUCUCGUCUUGACUUUUACAACAAAUAAAGUGUAG